AUGUCUGAAGUGCAAAGAGGUGGCGUGGGAAGUUUUCGCUACUCUUACUAUUAUUAUGCCGGGUUCGAGGUAUAUGAUUUGGAAACAGAGGAGACUUUAGCAAAUGAUGGUAACGGUGUAAAUGUUGAAGGCUCGACGCACAGACAAGUGGUAGACCUAAUCAAAUCGGGAGGCGAUUGUCUUACACUCACCGUCAUUUCCGUCACACCCAGAGAAGCAGAACGCCUUGAACCUUGUGACGAUGGAACCGCACCAGUCGGUGUCAUCGGUGGAGCGGCCAACUCCCGAGCCACAGUUUACCAGCGAUACGACUAUACCGACAAACGAUCACUACCGGUCUCCAUUCCUGACUACAGACUCGUCAUGGAGAGGAAUACGGGCAGGUCGUUUGUUGCUUUUAAUGUCCACAUGGCUGGGAGACACCUUUGCAGCAGACGGUAUAGGGAAUUUGCUGCGUUACACCAACAGUUACGGAAGGAAUUCUUGGGUUUUAACUUUCCAAAACUGCCGGGCAAAUGGCCAUUCACAUUGAGCGAACAACAGCUCGACGCAAGGAGACGAGGUCUCGAACAGUAUUUAGAAAAGGUAUGCGCAAUCCGUGUAAUAGCCGAAUCAGAUGCUGUCCAAGAGUUUCUCACAGACUCGGACGACUCUUCGAACCCAACGCCCGUGGACCUCAAAGUCCUUCUCCCCGACAAAGAGGUGGUGACCGUCAGUGUCCUCAAGUCCACCAACGCUGAUGAUGUAUACCGAGCCGUCUGCGAUAAAAUUGGACUGUCCAAAUCAGUCCAGAAGUAUUUUUAUUUGUUCGAGAUCGUCGAAUACAAUUUUGAACGCAAACUCCAACCGAACGAAUGCCCACACUCUCUCUAUAUCCAGAAUUACUCAACGGCGUCCAGCAGUUGUUUGUCUAUUCGCAAAUGGUUGUUCAACCCCAGCACCGAAGUCAAGCUCGUAGCGGAAGACACCAUCGCUGCAGCUUUUAUAUUUUGGCAGGCGGUGGAGGACGUGAACCGCGGCGUGUGCCAGGCGGGCGCGCGGCUGUACCAGCUCAAGGCGCUGCAGGACGUGCGGCGCGCGGCCGACUACCUGUCGCUGGCGCGCGCGCUGCCCGGCUACGCGCACGUGGCCUUCCCCCCCGCGCGCACCGACUGCCGCGCCACGCCCGCCAUCGCGCUCUCGCUCGGUUGGUCGGGGCUGAAGCUGUCCGCGUGGUGCGAGGGCGCGGAGGGUGCGGAGGGCGGGGCGGGCGGGUGCUCGGGCGGCGCGGAGGUGGGGUGGCGCGGCGUGCGGGCGUGGCGCGCCGACGACGAGGCGGCGGCGCUGCGCCUCACCUACGUGCGCCCCGACCAGCGCACGCGCACGCUCGCGCUCUACACGCCCUACUAUCAGUUUCUAUGCAACUGCAUGGAUAGAAUAGCCGAAGAAGCGAACUGGGUGGACACCGGCGAAUAG